GCGCCGUUGAUCUGACGACGUUAAGGGAAGAGCGCAGUUUCCAGUAGACAGAGAAUGUAACGAUUUCCGCGAGGUCUUCUCGUGAGGCAAGGAAGAGAAGAGGUGAGGCGAACAGCCUGCAGCAAUCGGUGGCGAUUUUCUAAAUCUAGGGAGAGGGCCGCUUCGUCAUCGGGAGGGAAGUUUAUGGCGUGAGGUGUUAUUGGUGCGCAAACGGACUCGCCCGUUCUCUUCGCGGACGAAGAGCUGAAGCUCAUCGACAGUCUACAGGAUGAUUGGUGCUAUGCCAGCGGUGGCUGUCCGUCAUGAGCGUAGGAGGCAAGAAAAAAGGCUGAAGCGACCAAGUCAACUCUAUUUAGGAGGGCAAUGGUUACCACCCCUUCAAGGCUCGCCGCCCACUCCUAGUCCGCAUGGGCACAACAAUUUGGAGCCCUUGCCUGAACUUUAUUUAUGCGGCAAGAUAUCCGGGCUGCACGCUGUGGUGGUGUGCCUGUUGUUGGGUGCGGUGGUGCUCGUGGUCGGUCUCGUCCAACUCGUCCCGGGUGCAACGACCACCAACCACAGAUUGGCGUUACUGGUAGCAGGCGCUGCCCUACUUAUACUUGGCUUUAUCUUGGCAGGUGUGAGAUGUUACGUAUUACACUGCGUGCCACUUCCGGUCGAGUCACCGAUCGCGACGCCGAUUCCGCCAACAGGCGAACAGGUGCCCGUUGUACCUAAGGGCACCUUGGACCUCCUAGUAGGCCAUCAAAACCAGCCGGAGACGGACGCUCUGAUGCAGCAUCGGGAACAUCACCACCACCAUCAGCACCACAGCUAUCAUCAUCAUAACAAUCACAAGAAGAAACGCAGUUCUCAGGGUUCACAUUCCGAAGAGGCCUAAAAUACAAACGAACGGGCGAAGCAGAAAAGGCAGAAUGGAAUGGAGAGGAGAAAAAUGAUCGAGUUACGGGAUCUUGUUCGACGAUUUGUGCGAAACGGGAUAUUGUUCGAAUCCAGCGAAGAGAAUCAAUAUCGAGCGAAAAGCAAAGGGGAAUGAGGGAGAAAAAAAGCCGAGGCUAGGUGAAUUUCUUCGGAAGGGAGAACAAUGCCAUUCUUUCGUAACAUCUUGAAAUAUAUGCGAAAUUUCCUAAAACGUGGCGCAUCCUCCGCGAUCAAUGAUGAAAGAUGAAACUAUACCGAAACCCAACCGAAGGAAGAUAAUCGACCUGACGUUGAGAUAGGAGAUAGUAUUGAAGUGAGCAGUAAAUUAUUAAUAGCACGGACGAACAAUCUUGUUGUUGUUUGGCUCUCGAAAAGGAAGCGCCGACGUCUGGGAUAUUCUGUGUAUAUUCUGUACAUAUGCUAAUGUGUAUAUAGAUAUGAGAGUACAGAGUGAUUUUUUAAAAAAAGAGAGACUCGUGGAAUAUGUUUCUUCUUGUAAGGAAAACAGAAAUAAUUUAUUUAUAAGAGAUUUUAUUUAUCAGAGGUAUAGAACAAAAGAUUUAUACUACUGAAACGAGAUUUUGUCUUUUGACAUUUUUUUGUAACAAUAAAGGAAACUACUAAUCAGGUUUUGACGAAAUAUCGGCGAAAUCUUAGUUACGUACAUCAGUAUCUAUAUACAUAUAAUAUACAACAAUAUAAACUAAUUUACGUUGCAAAUGUAUAUGCCAAGGCAAGUGCACUUUUCUACCUGAUGUACCGAGGAUUCGAUAUAUCUAAUGACAUUCUUUUAUCACAAGACUUCUAAUAGAGAGAUUUUGUAGAAAAGACGUUUAAUCUACCGAUUAGUACAGAGUAGUCUGUUAUUGGUCAUGUAACUGGGAAGGAAUGACGAUUUUUACACAGUUAAAAGCAAAAGAAAAGCUGGAACAAAAUUUUGAGAGGUUCUUGAUAAUUUCGACAAUACUGAUGUUUUUUAUUAUUAUUUCUAA